UCCGCGUAGAGGGUGCACGCAUUUUUCCCGCGCCCCGUACUAUUUAAUCAGAAUAACAAACAUUAAUAGUUUAAUCCAUUAUCAAUUGAAGAACGGUGUUAAAUAUACAAUUUGUGUAAUAUACCGUGUAAUUUGAUCGUCAGUGUGUGUUAAUUUUAUCACGAGGAUUUUAUAUUUAUAUAUGGUAUCGGGAAUCAUGCGAUCAACGCUAUCGGGACAGCGCUCAUCUGAAGACUAGUGACGUCACAUGAACGCGUUGUUGAUAGUUAAUCCUCGAGUAGUACGUGUAUAUCAGUGGCGCGAGUCGAGUAUCGACAGUUCGAUCUAGUGCGCAUCACUACGAGAUUUGAAUUCGAAUUUCUUACCGCGUUGGAGCGGUAGUAAGUGUAGUAACUGUGAAGUAGGACUCGCGUGUGCAGUGGACGUUAGAGAACAGUAAUGGCCAGCACCGGCAGUGAAAUUUGGCUGCAAUGGUUCGCGUGCUGCUACCAGCCCGCCGCGCAGGCGCAGCGCACGCGCCGGAGAAUAGACCGAUCCAUGAUCGGCGCGCCGACCAACUUUCAACAUACAGGACACAUAGGUUCUACAGAUGUGGACAUCCCAUCAUCACUGUUACACACCAUGCAGAAUCAAAUGCAAAGCAAGGGCGGCUACGAGAUGGCGUACGGCGUUAAAGUUUAUUGAUGCGCGCCAACCGCUCAAAAAGACGCUAGUGAUAAAUCUUAGUGGUUUUUAAGCAGUGUACACAUGAUCUAAAUAGACUAUAUUUAUUAAUUAUUUACUUUUUAAGUGUAAACCAUAAGUUUUGUUGUGUAAAUAAGAAUGUAAAACCGAAUUCAGGAUAUAAGCGAGUUACCCAAAAUUUUAUUUUUAGGUUAUAAUGUUUACUCGUUCUCGUAUCGUGAAACUAUCGUUCCUUUCAGCCUAUAAAUGUUAAGAUAUUGAAAUAAUGACAAUUAUGAAUAUAAAACUGCAUCUAGUUUCUCGCUAACUGAAACAAUUGGUUACAUCAUUGAAUCAAAUGUACGGAGUUUUUUUUAAGUCGUAAAAAUCGUCGAAUGGCUGCUCCCGCCUGGGUGAGGCGGCAGGGAGUGUCAGACU